AUGGCCACCGUUUCUAUCAGCGCCCCCGGUCUUGGAAGCGGAGGAUUCCUCUACAACAAUGGAAAUAACAAUGCGCGGUUGUGUGUCACGGCCGAAACCGAAGACUUCGAUAUGGAGAUCAUCAAGAGUUGGCAGGAUGAAGGAUUCGAUGUGCUCUACAUUCCCUACAACGGCGGAGGAAAGGAAUACGGUGCCAAAUUGCAGUCCGUAAAGGAUGGGCUUGGUGUGGGUGAAAACUAUGGUGUAGUCGCAUACGGUGAUGCUGCGAAUUACUGUCUCGACUACUACCUCAAGCCUACCAACUCGAGUCGACUCUGCGCCCUUGUCGCAUACUAUCCUAGCAUUAUCCCAGACACACGCUCUCGAUACGGGAUGCAGAUGCAAGUUCUGGUGCAUUUGGCUGGUGAAACCAUCGACGUGCUUGUUCAACCCGUCGCACUGGGUCUGCAGGGCAAGAAACGUCGCCAAACACGUCCUCUCAACCCUGGUGUCGGAACAGGCGAGCGUUUGGAUCUGGGAUAUCCCACCUUCACAUACGACAAUGCGCAGCCGGGCUUUGCAGAGAGUGAUAUUGAGGAGUAUGAUCAUCUGUCGGCCGAUCUUGCUUUCACGCGAACCUUGAAAGCAUUGCGAAAGGGUUACUCGCGCGACCCCGAUUUGGAAAGACGCUGGGAGGAUCAUGUAGAGGCCAAGUUCUUCGCGUCCAACGUGAAGAAGACAAUGGACGGCUACGUGCAGAGCAAAACACCCGCUGUAACUUAUACGCCCACAAUUACUGGUGGAAUCGGCAAGAAAGCCCUCCGCCAUUUCUAUGAUCACUAUUUUAUCGGAAAACUACCCCCAUCAAUGCAGCUGAGACUCCUUUCUCGCACUACUGGGGCAGACCGCAUCGUGGACGAGCUGUACGUAAACUUUGAACAUACACAGGACGUCCCGUGGAUGCUGCCCGGCGUCCCACCAACCAACAAGCGGGUGGAGAUCAUUAUCGUGAGUAUCGUCAGCAUUCGUGCUGGCCGUCUCUACUCGGAGCACGUCUACUGGGAUCAAGCGAGUGUUCUUGUCCAAGUCGGUCUCCUGGACCCUAAGCUUCUGCCAACCUCUGUUGUUGGAGUCGAUCGACUCCCCGUUGUCGGUCGCGAAGCUGCCCGUCGCAUUCUCCAUGAAGACACCGAAGUCGAGCAGGAAGACUAUCAUAACAAGAUGAUUCGCCGGGCGCAUGCUCGUGCCCGUCGCAAUCACAGCUCCCGUGCUUCGCAGAUUGCCGAGGAGUCGGGGGCUGAAAUGAAGAGUGAGGCUGAGCAAAGUUUGCCUGAUCGGACUGGUAAUAAGGGCAAGUCAGUGCAGAAACAGUCUACUAAGUUGACCGAAGAAGAUGAAGGUGCUGAGACUGAGACCGAGUCUAGUGCCAAGGCGAAGUCUGAGGCUGGAGAUCGGGAUCGGGCUCCUACCGUUGAGGAUGCUGGAGAGGAUGGAGAAAAUGGUUCGACACAGCCAUGA